AUGUCGGUGAAAAUUAAUUCCGCUGAUUCAGCUCGGGUUCUGGUCGGUAUGCCAUUUAUUAAUACCGUCUUUUUAUUUGUUGUUAGCAACAAUGGUUCUAGUAUAAGCUUAGCCAGCUCUGGGAGCAAUGGUCAAUAUGUUGGUUGCGGCAAGAGUGUGGCCUGGUUAACGAGUUCUCAAGCAGCAGUUCUUGUCUCAACCUAUUCACUUGACCAUUCUACAUGGUAUUCAUCAAAUAUUUACCUUUAUACAUCGUUGACUACCACCACAAUACCUUCAUCAUAUUCAUCAUUGAUACCAAAUAUUCAACAACAAUUACCGUCAACGAUCAGUUCUCAACUUAUUCAAGCAGUAUCAACUCCAGAGUCUCUUGCUGUACUUGAUGUGAAUGGAAAUAUUCUUCUAAUUUUGGCCACACCAGCAGGUACCUAUGCAGCAACCUCUGUCAGUAGUUUGUCGGGUACUGCUUCAAUACCCAUGGUCAGUAGCUCUACCGCAUGCAUCGCAGGUACCUACAAAUCAAGUUCUGGUAUUCAUCCAUGCUCGCUCUGUCCGAGUGGCACACGAAAUCCUGGUGGUGGGCCAUGCAUAUCAUGUAUAAAUUGUUCCUCGAAUAGCUUUUGCUCAUGGGGCGCUGUGUUUGAAGUCAAUGAAACGUAUCUUACUUCUCAGUCACAGGCCUAUGCAUAUCCUCGCUCACCUGAGCUGACUGCAUAUGAAGAUAUCGUUUUAUCAAACUCGUUUGCCAUCGGUUCGACAUCUCAUUGUAUUGUCGCAUCGCCUCUCUUUUGGGCAUUAAUCGUUGGAGGCGUUGGUGUAAUCAUAGUUAUUGCUAUGAACACACUCCAUUUUUUCUCCACCCGCAAAAGAGUGAUAAAUGGCGAAGAACUAUCAAGAAAAUAUUUCGACAAACGGACCUUAUCGUAA